AUGACAGAUUUCGUUGCUGAGGUUCGACCCCGGUCCGAUUGCAUUCCAAAGUUUGUCCCAACUCACCCUGGUAAUGAUUUUGUUGCUGAAAUAAGACCAAGGAAUACCAACAUUCCACAGUUACGAUAUGCAGACAGACUUUGCCAGUCCUUAGACUAUACUGACCAAGACUUAGAAAACAUCCUAUCCAACAGACACUUUUCCAGGGAAGGCUUUACCAGACUUCUGGAAGGAUCCAUUCUAAAACUUAUAGAAACCCUUUUCACAGGCCGACCCAUCACCCAGGUCGAGGGUCGCCUGUGUAUCUCACUUGCUAGCCAUGAAUCCCCAAUAACUGUUAAUUUACAACAUACAUUCCAAACUCCUAAUCAGGCUAAUGAUCAUUCUUUUCCCACCCAGUGCUUAGAAAGUCGAAUGAAUGUUAAAGUCAAACAGGGUGACCUGUCAUGUCCAGGUAAUGACUUUCUUACGAUACCAGAAAACGAACCUAUAAAUACAGAAGUUCCUCUCUUGCCACCAUCUUCUUUGAAUGAUAAAUCCUUUGCAGGGGACUCAGCCUUUGAUGACUGCAGAAUGUAUCCACUUUAUCUCAUAUCUGAUAGUAACGACAGGUCAUACUUCCCCUUAGAGUCUACCAGGGAUGGAGAAAGAUGCUCACCAAGUCCUUCUGUUGACCCUCCUUGUAAAGCAUCUUUUAUGAAGGAGAUUGAAGUCACUACAGUGACGGAAAGUUCCCAGCUAGAGACACGCCUGGAAGGAUGUUUACGACAUGAGAGUGACGACGAUGAGAGCGGAUAUACCAGCAAUGAGAAAGAAGAUUGUGAUUCCAAUUCUGAACAUAGUGACAGUCCCAGUGAUUAUAAGCACUGUAGUCUGUUCAAUGAUUACUACUGCAGCGGAUUUGAUGGAAAGAGCACAGUAUACAGCUCGGACGAGAGGGAGACUUUGGUGGGUAGUCCUCGUGAGUCAUCCCACGACUCUCCAGGAGAUGGUGGUGAUGAAAUGGACAAUGAUGAUGAUGAUGCUGAUGAGUGUAUGGAUUUUGAAAUGCCUUUAGUUAUUGAUGAAAGGCCAGUUUGCAACAUGAAGGACAGUUGUUCAGAUCAGAUGUGUAAGAUCAAGGGUUCCAUUUGCAAAGAGAGAGCAGAGUCAUAUGAGACUGAUCACGGGCAGUGUUCACCCAGAGUGCUAUGUGGAAGAAUGAAGCAGAAGAUGGGUUUCUGUCAUGAAAGAAUGGGAGAUUACCUGACUGACGAGACAGAAGAUUUUGACUCCGUAGAGAGCUCUGAUAUCACAGAUACUGAUGUUCCUGUGGAUCUUUCCAGUGAUUGGAGAAGGGCAUUGGAUGCUACAACUGCUAUCCGACACCCUCAAAGCCUGGUAGGAAAACAAUCUGAAGCAUUCCGGAAUAAACGGUUUUCACAGUCUAUGACAGACACUGAAGCACUGUCGGGGCCCGCCCAGGCUGAUCGUGGGGUGUAUGGCUGUACGGUCUGCAGCCGGACUUUCACAGCCAAGAACAACUUGAAGCGCCAUAUAAGAAUCCACACUGGACAAAGACCAUACCAGUGCCUGCAGUGUUCACAGUCGUUUGCAAGAAGAGAUGAUCUCAAAGGACACAUGCUCCGCCAUGACUACAAUAAACCUUUUCGAUGCUCGUUGUGCAAGAAAGGAUACACAGAUCGCGCAUGCGUUAAGAACCACAUGGCCAAAGAGCACAGGUCACGGCUGAUGCACGUCUGCCCUCAGUGUGGAGAGAGCUAUGAUCAAGAAGAAGCAUUUACUGCUCACAAAAAGACACACCCAGAGCUCCAACAGUUCUCCUGCUCCACUUGCUCUUUCAUUGGGAACAACAAUUUAAUGACGCUAAAACAUUCCCUACUGCACAGCCACAAGCUGUUUUCCUGCAAGCCGUGCAACGCCUACUUUGCCGAUCCAUUUGACUACACCAACCAUGUGAGAAAACACAAGAAAAGUGAUUCUUUUUCCCAAUAUGUCUGCUGUUUUUGUGACAUUGCUCUGUCGACUUAUGAACAAUACGUCAGACAUGAAUACUCACACGCCCAGGGAAAAAUCCAUGCCUGCAAAAUCUGCAAGAAGCAAUUUAAAAACAAGUUUCUACUCCAAGAACAUGCUCUUACUCAUGAAAUGCCACAAGCUGCCAGUGCUCAUUCCGAGCAGAUCCCUACAAAAACAGUGGAGAUUGAAAAACCCAACUCCAUAUUUCUUCAGCCUAAAGAGAUUAUUGCCCCUAACAUUUCAAAUUCUAGUUUGGAAUCUAGAUUCACAGACGAUUAUUCUAGUACUUACUACGACCCGCCUCCUCUUCCAUCACAUCUACCAAGAACUGAUAAAGAAGAAAGUAACAAAAAUGAGGCACUACUUUUAGACCUGAGAAUCAAGAAGGCAUCUAAUGCAACAUUCAGCGCAAAUGAUCUCAAGCAAAACCAGUACGCCUCCAACUCUUGCCCCAGAAAGACAGGACUUACAGAAAGGAACUUCCCCAGAAAUGGCGUUGUUUCAUCUGAGUCCAGCUAUCUGGGUCAAGAAAUGGAAGUCAGUGAAGCGUACCAAAUGAGGAAGCUUGUUUGUAAAGAGAGAAGCCGCGAAAACAUUUUUCCACAAGGUAAUAAUAUUUCCAGAGAGAAGACUGAUUACAUCAAACACCACUCACAGGACAGACACGUACCUGAAAGUCCAUUUGAUGGGGCAAACAGUCAUCAGAUAGAUUACUGGCAGCAAAGAAAUAUCUGCCCAACAAGACCAAAGAGUGCAGAGAAAAUUCACCUUAUUUCAAAUGCCCAAAGUGCUAGCUUUGAUCGGAGGCCUUUCCAGCGAACAGUGUCACAAGAUUGCACACAUAAGUCACCGUUGCGGUUUAGCCCAUACACCAGAGAAAAAGUUGCGGAUUUAGCUGCCAAGUUUAUUGCGGCCAGGGGGACCAAGCUUUUUGAGGAUCGAGCUCCACUGAAAGCAGCUCUUGCAACUUACGAGAACAGAAAGUUGAUUGCUGCCUCUAGAGACAUUACUGAAGCAAAACGGGAAGCUUCAACUUCCACAGACUUAAGGCAUCGAUCAGAGCCGAAGGAGGAGUGUGUAUUCAAACAAAACUUGUUUUCCAACUCACCAUCUGCCAUUCGGAACUGCCUCACCACCCCAGACACUGAUGACAUCACGCGUGAAGAUUCGAACCCUGAAAUGGCUUUGAUGUAUCAUGCACCGAUUGUUGUCAAGUCAGAGGUGGUGAUGCAACAGGAUCCAGAAUUCGAAGCAGCUGAACACGGCACUUUCCCAAACACUUUUGUUGGAAAUGGAGAUGCCCAUACCAUUGGCAGUUGUUUGAUUGAAAGAAACCACUACCAGAUGACUACCCAUAGCUGUGAGGACUGUAAGCAGGAGUUCAGAUCCUUUACUGAAUUAGAACACCACAGUGUCGAGAUGCAUAAGCGCUAUCUGUGUGAGCAUUGCAGAAAAAGCUUUACUGCCAGGCCAAACAGGGACAGGCAUGUCAGGUACCACACAGGAGAGAGGCCCUACAGAUGUGAUCUUUGCGAGCAGGCAUUUUUCCGUGGGGACGACCUCAAAUACCACCGCACCACCAGACACCCAACAGCUCAACCCUACACCUGCGGGCAGUGCUCAGCUAGUUUUUCUUGGGGGCGUGACCUUGACAGGCACAUAAGGCAUAGCAAGUGCAAGUCCUAA